UGGAGCCGGGGCGACGGAACAAAGAGAUCAUCAAUUCUGUUAGGUGGAGGCGUCUUGAAUGAGCGAGAGGAACAUUCAUGAGACAACUUUGGAGACCAAGCGAUUACAGGGAAAGGAGGAAAAAAGAGGAGGAGGCGAGCGAGGAGGAGGUGAAAGGGAAAUUAUCACCAACUUUCCCUGGCGUUUGCAGAUAAAGCAUGUGAAAGCGUCGGUAUUCAAUCACAAGUACCGUGCUAGCUCCAGCUGCUGCUGCCGCCAGAGCUCGAAACACAACUUUAAGGUUUUUAUUUUUCUCUUGUUUGUCCUGACCAGAUUUUCAUGUUCCAGCCGCGUGAGAUUCUAUCGGAUUCUGUGCGUUGAGGUUUGCGAGACGAAGUCUUUGAAAGAACAAAGAGAAUCUGUGCGUGACAACGGGACUACACUUCCUCGACUAGACUCGUGUUUGUUAAGCGCGGGGGGAAACGUCAGUGACAAACAGAGAGGAGUGAAAAGAAUGGAGUCAUUCACCAUUGAUAUCAAUGAGGUAUGCCCACCAUGUCAACAACCACUGUCCCGAGAUAUUGAAGGUCAUAAAACUUGUGCUGCCAGAGAAGAUCCCCGCCACUUUUCAAGUUAUGGUACACACACACACACACACACACGGAUGGAUAUCGAUCCAGCGCGUCUCUUCUGUUGUUCCUCCGUUGCGAAGAAAAGGAGCUAUGGUACCACGUAGUUGUCUUCUACAAAGUUAAUGUAGCUGGAGGGACUGCGAGCCGAGAAGCAUCUCUUCCAACUCUUUA